AUCAACAAUUCAACGUAUCUUUAGAAUGUAGCCAAGGCAAGGGUGAUAGCCUAGUAGGCCUGCAAACCCCGCAUCUGAUCUGAUAGAGAAAGGAAAGGACUUUUUGUGUCUGCGGAUGUUUAUUGCCAAAGCCUAAAAGGGUUCUUCUCUGUAGCAUCAAUUGGUUGAAAUGGCCUAAGCCUUUUUAAUGGGUUCUGUUUGUUCUGCUCUGUCUUCCUUGGUUCUCUGAGGGAAUUCAUGGCUAUGACAGCUAUGCCGUACCUUUCCUUGUUACUGAGAGUUAUUACAUCAAUUCAAGUUGUUGAUGUUAUCAUCAAGGUGGCUCCAUUUCAUUGUUCAGUCCUGCAAUGCACGGCUGGGAAGAAAAAGGGAUUGGUUAUGGCCUCAACAUCCUAUGCCAAGCAGGGUCCUUUGCCCAUGAAGUAUCCAGCGUCUGGCUAUAAUCCAUAUCCAGCACCUCUUGCAAGAUAUGAGGAUGUUGUUGCCAGUCCAAAUCUCUUCAUGUCUACUUUAGAGAAUCUCCAUGCUGCUAUGAGCACCAAGUUCAUGAUUCCCAUUAUAGGGGGAAAGGAAUUAGACUUGCACCGACUUUUUGUGGAGGUUACAUCCCGUGGUGGUCUUGAGAAGGUUGUAAGAGAGCGUAGAUGGAAAGAAGUUACUUCAGUUUUCAACUUUCCCAGCACUGCUACAAAUGCAUCCUUUGUUCUGCGCAAGUAUUAUGGCUCUUUGCUUCACCAUUAUGAGCAACUCUACUUCUUUAAAGCUCGUGGUUGGACAACUACCUCCACUGAUUCUUUCCAUGGCCCAUCCAUCACAAUGGUUCCUACUCAAGGAGCAGCACCACCAUCUAUCGAAAUUCAUGCAGCUUCAGUCCAGCAUCCAAGAGCAAAUGUUGCACAGUCAGCUUCAGGUUCUCCUGUGAUUGGGGUUAUUGACGGCAAAUUUGAGAGUGGUUAUCUUGUUACUGUUACAAUAGGCUCAGAAAGGCUGAAGGGUGUUCUUUAUGAGGUUCCACAGAGCAUAGCACCCCAAAUGCCACACCAAUAUAAUGUUUUGGGUAAGAGAGAGAACAUCUGUCCUGCAACUGGUGUACAACGUCGCAGGCGCAGGAAAAAAUCUGAGAUUAAAAGAAGGGAUCCAGCCCACCCUAAACCUAACAGGAGUGGAUACAACUUCUUUUUUGCUGAGCAGCAUGCAAUACUGAAACCGCUUCAUCCAGGAAAGGACAGGGAAAUUAGUAGAAUGAUUGGUGAAAUGUGGAACAAAUUAAAGGAAUCAGAAAAGGCGGUUUACCAGGAGAAAGCUCUUAAAGACAAAGAAAGGUAUAGACUGGAGAUGGAGGGUUACAGGGAAAGAUUAAGGACUGGUCAAGUCAUUAGUGAUGCAGUGCCAAUACAACAACUUCCUGAACCAAAUCAAGACAUGAUGGAGGCAGAUGUGAAGCUUGAUGAAACUGAAGGUGGGGGUUCUCGAACUCCAGAAAAUGAGAGUAGCUCUGGUGAAAGUGAUUCUGUUGGUGAUAAAAAUCCAGAUAAAGAUUUAGCUAUGGAAGUGUCUCCAGGGGUUGGAGUAGCAACUGAAUCUAUAAAUUUGGAUGCGGGGAAUUCAACUAAGGAGCCGACUUUUGAGGCACCCAAUGUGGUAGAGAACAUGGGUGAUCAUGGGGCAGUAAAGUUUGGUGCUGUUGGUGAAGACAGCUUUCAUGAGUUACACAAUCUGAAACAAGAACGUGGAGAGUCCAUUACUAGUUUUUAUGCUAAGAUGGAGACUAUUUGGGAUCAGCUUGCUCUCUCAGAACCAACCUUCAAUGACACUGCUGAUAUUGGGAAGUACAUUGAGUAUCAUGAUAAAAUGAGGUUAAUUCAAUUUCUUAUGGCACUUACGGAUGAUUUUGAACCAUGUAGAGCCUCUUUAUUGCAUCAGCCUCCUUUACCUACCUUAGAUAGUGCUCUCUCACGAUUAUUAUCUGAUGAAACUCAUCUGGGCUUACUUAAGCCUCAACGAGAUACUACUAUGGCUGCAGCUAUCAACAAGUUUCCUUUGAGUAAGAGAGGACAGAAGUAUUGUCGGCACUGCAACAAGUACGGACAUGCUCUAUAUGAAUGCAGUUUGGUAGAAUGUCAUAAAUGCAAGCAAAAAGGCCAUAUUGCGCCUAAUUGUACUUCACUACCUCAAAGAUCUGAUCAGUGGAAGACCCAAUCAAAGCCUAAUCAGUCUAUCGUCACACAAAAUAAAUCUCCCUAUGAGUGUCUUUACGGUAUUCUUCCUGCCUAUGAUUUUCUUAAAAUUUUUGGUUGUGCUUGUUUUGUUCUUUUACCUUCUCAUGAACAUCACAGGUUAAAGCCUCGAGCUCGACUUUGUUGUUUUUUGGGGUAUGGGAUACAACAUAAAGGUUAUCGUUGUUGGGAUCCAGUAUCACAAAAACUCUGUGUCUCUCAUCAUGUUGUUUUUUGGGAACACACUAUGUUUGCUUCUCUUUCUGAAUUCAAGGUGUCUCCUUUUCAUCACCCUCCUAUCUUCACUAACCCAUCCCUUGAGUUAUUUCCUAAUGAUGAUGCAGGGUCUCCUAAUGAGCUUUCAAAUGAUCAAACGUCCAUGGCUCUUGUUUCAGAAGAUGUCUCUUUUGCGGAUAUUGCACCUAGAACAAAUGAGAUUGAAAAUCCACCAGUUACUUCCUCUUCUAGUCAUCCUACACAAGUAAGAAAUCCACCUACAUAUCUUCAAGAUUAUCAUUGUUUUUUCGCACUCACCUCUUUACAUGAACCUCAGUCCUACAAAGAAGCUUCUUUAGAUCCUUUAUGGCAACAAGCUAUGAAAGAGGAAUUACAGGCUUUGGAAAAGACAGGUACUUGGGACUUGGUUGAUCUUCCUCCUGAUAAGACUCUUGUUGGAUGCAAGUGGGUAUACAAGAUCAAAACUCAUUCUGAUGGAUCUGUGGAGCACUAUAAGGCACGUCUGGUGGCAAAGGGUUUUACGCAGGAAUAUGGCAUUGACUAUGAGGAGACCUUUGCUCCUGUUGCUCGUCUUACCACAGUACGUAGUUUACUAGCUAUUGCUGCUGUACGUAAAUGGAAGCUAUUUCAGAUGGAUGUGAAGAAUGCCUUUCUUAAUGGUGAUUUGGAAGAGGACGUUUAUAUGAAACCGCCUCCUGGACUUACUCCUUCUUCGAAUAAGGUAUGUCGAUUGCAACGAGCCUUGUAUGGUUUAAAGCAGUCUCCUCGAGCUUGGUUUACAAAAUUCAGUUCUACUGUAAGUGAGUUUGGUUUCACCUCUAGUCCACAUGAUACAGCUUUAUUUGUUCGUAAAUCUACUCAGGGAAUGGUUCUCUUACUCAUAUAUGUUGAUGAUAUGAUUAUCACUGGAGAUGAUGUUUCAAGGAUUAAUGAGCUUAAGCAGUUUCUCAGCCACAGAUUUGAGAUGAAAGAUCUUGGCUCUUUGAGUUAUUUUUUGGGACUUGAAGUUACAUCCUCAGAUGCUGGUUAUCUUCUCUCUCAAAUGAAAUAUGCAUCAGAUCUCAUAUCUAAAGCCGAUCUCACUGAUAGUAAGAAUGUCUCCACACCUCUUGAACCGAAUGUCAAGCUCACACCAUUAGAUGGUUCUCCACUCCCUGACCCUACUCGUUAUCGGCAGUUGGUUGGUAGUUUGGUUUAUCUUACUACGACACGCCCAGACAUAGCAUAUGCAGUUCAUGUUGUUAGUCAAUUUAUGGCUGCCCCCCGCUCCACUCAUUAUGCUGCUGUACUUCGAAUUGUUGAGUGAAAAACAAUGUUUAAUAUUAAAAAAUUACAUCCUAU